AUGAACAUCGAUUAUAAACCAUUUACUAUUUACGUAAAUGAUGGAUCUGGUGGUUCAAACAUUAAAUAUGCAGAAAGUAAUAGAGUUUAUGCGUUAAAAGGUGAAGCACCAUCGAUUAAAAACAGUUAUUCUAAUCUUUAUCCUCAAAAACUGACUGAUCCAGAAAGUGUGGACAUGAAUGACACCAAAAAUAUAAACAGAAAUGGUGAUAGAGAUGGAUGGAAUCUAUUCACUACACCUCAUCUAAAAAUAAAGCUUUAA